AUGAUUCCCCCCAGCAGUCCAACAUCCGAUCGUACCUUGUUGAGCGAGGAAGCUUCCAUGAGUCAAUCCACAAAAGAAGCAACUCUGUCACCACGAAGACCACCCACUGCUAGAACCAGUCGCAGCCUCAGUCCACAUCCAGCAAGAAACCACGGCAUCUAUAAGAGCGGUGCUCGUAGAAUCCGCAGUCUUGAAGACACCACCACACAACAGCAGCAACAACGAACUCGCAAAACACCCCAACGCACCAAAAGUGCCGCCGAAACUGUCCGUGAUACAGCCCUGCAAUUUAUGGAUUUGAUUGGAAUGGAUGCUUCGGAACUACCGGCAUUGUUGUUGAAUAUGGAAGAACAGCAUGACGAACAUGACGAACAAGAAGUAGAUGGCGACAAUUACGACGAAUACAAAGUCAAUCAGGAAGAAAUUCAAACCAUUGUCAAUGAUAGAGACGAAUUCAUGAGACUCAAGGCAGCACUCAAAGCCAAAGGAGCCGUCACCAAUGGAAUGCUACAACAGAGAAUUCAUGUCUAUGUACACAAUAACAGAGAUAGACUGUUACAUCAGGCACCAUCACAGUCACCAGAUGCAUCAUCUUCUUCAUGA